AGACGAACCGAAGGAGAAGAACUUGAGAUGGAACCCCAAGGCGCUAGGGCUGUCCGCCUCCAGCGAGCUGCAAGAGACUGGCCUAAGCGCUACAAUUUAUCCUUCCGGAAGCGGCUCCGCCCGCCUAUCCCCGCCCCUCCGGACGAUGGGCGUGGCCUCUCAUGAAUAAUGAAUGACCUCCGGAGGGAGGGGGCCGGGCCCGCCCCCUCGGGCGGGAAGGGGGAAGCGCCGAGGCUGCCUGACUGGAAUGAGGGUAGCUGCGGCGACUGCGGCGGCGGGAGCGGGGCAGGCCAUGGCGGUGUGGACGCGGGCCACCAAAGCGGGGCUUGUGGAGCUGCUUCUGAGGGAGCGCUGGGUCCGGGUGGUGGCGGAGCUCAGCGGAGAGACUCUAAGCCUCACGGGCGACGCUGCGGCGGCAGAGCCCGAGCCCUCUCUAGGGCCGGCGGCGGCCGCCUUCAACGGCCUCCCGAACGGCGGCGGCGCCGGCGACUCGCUGCCCGGGAGCCCCAGCCGCGGCCUGGGUCCCCCGAGCCCGCCCGCGCCGCCUCGGGGCCCGGCGAGCGAGGCGGGCGCGUCGCCGCCCGUGCGCCGGGUGCGGGUAGUGAAGCAGGAGGCGGGCGGCCUGGGCAUCAGCAUCAAGGGCGGCCGCGAGAACCGGAUGCCCAUCCUCAUCUCCAAGAUCUUCCCGGGGCUGGCGGCCGACCAGAGCCGGGCGUUGCGGCUGGGCGACGCCAUCCUGUCGGUGAACGGCACCGACCUGCGCCAGGCCACCCACGACCAGGCCGUGCAGGCGCUGAAGCGCGCGGGCAAGGAGGUGCUGCUGGAGGUCAAGUUCAUCCGAGAAGUAACACCAUAUAUCAAGAAGCCAUCAUUAGUAUCAGAUCUACCAUGGGAAGGUGCAUCUCCUCAGUCACCAAGCUUUAGUGGCAGUGAGGACUCUGGUUCUCCAAAACACCAGAACAGCACCAAGGACAGGAAGGUCAUCCCUCUCAAAAUGUGCUUUGCUGCUAGAAACCUAAGCAUGCCGGAUCUGGAAAACAGAUUGAUAGAACUACAUUCUCCUGAUAGCAGGAACACGUUGAUCCUACGCUGCAAAGAUACAGCUACAGCACACUCCUGGUUCGUAGCUAUCCACACCAACAUAAUGGCUCUCCUCCCACAGGUAUUGGCUGAGCUCAAUGCCAUGCUUGGUGCAACCAGUACAGCAGGAGGCAGCAAGGAGGUCAAGCACAUUGCCUGGCUGGCAGAACAGGCAAAGCUAGAUGGUGGAAGACAACAGUGGAGACCUAUCCUCAUGGCUGUGACUGAGAAGGAUUUGCUGCUUUAUGACUGUAUGCCAUGGACAAGGGAUGCCUGGGCAUCACCAUGUCAUAGCUACCCUCUUGUUGCUACAAGGUUGGUUCAUUCUGGCUCCGGAUGUCGAUCACCCUCACUUGGAUCUGACCUUACAUUUGCUACUAGGACGGGCUCACGGCAGGGCAUUGAGAUGCAUCUCUUCAGGGUGGAGACACAUCGGGAUCUGUCAACCUGGACCCGGAUACUUGUUCAGGGUUGUCAUGCUGCUGCUGAACUAAUUAAGGAAGUCUCUCUAGGCUGCACGUUAAAUGGCCAGGAGGUAAGACUCACUGUCCACUAUGAAAAUGGGUUCACUAUCUCCAAGGAAAAUGGAGGUUCCAGCAGCAUUUUGUACCGCUACCCCUUUGAAAGGCUGAAAAUGUCUGCUGAUGAUGGCAUCAGAAAUCUUUAUCUGGAUUUUGGUGGCCCUGAGGGAGAACUGACCAUGGACCUGCACUCUUGUCCGAAGCCAAUUGUAUUUGUGUUGCACACGUUCUUGUCAGCCAAAGUCACUCGUAUGGGACUGCUUGUGUGAGCAGCAAAAAAUCAGAAAAGAGGCUUGAAUAUCACAAGAAGUAUUUCCACCUCAAAAAAAAAAAAAAAGCACAAAAAGAAAA